AUGGCUCGAUCAAUACGGAAGACUCAGAAUGAGCUUACAGUAUCCACCGGUGGGAGUUCGGACUGGCGGUCCCUGGACAAUGAGUUGACUGAAACGGGGCUGGACGCAGACGAGAGCAGUGCAUCUACAGGACAGAAAAUCGCGGAUGGCUUUGAAAAGGAUUAUGCAAUUGGUAUCUCAUCCUUACUUACGCCAGUACGACCCAAACCCUUUCGCAGCCUACCCAAUGAUAUUCCAAAAAAACGAACAAAAGAUUUUAUAUCCAACUCGCGGUCCGAAGGGCAUUCAACCACUGCUCACCAUAUCAAGCACAAUGUUAACACUAAGGACUCCGAAGGCCCCAAAGCGGCGCUUAUCCAAGACACUUUGUCACGCGGCCUGGCUGACAAGAAACCCUAUCCUCUUUAUCCAUCACAACCCACUUCGGAUCUUAACAUAACUGCUGAAUUACGAAAACUCUGGGAUAAACCUACUUUAAAACCACAUCCAUUUCCCCGAUUACCUGACAGUUCAAUAAAACCCAACAUUAAAGAGCCACCAAGUCUCAAUGAUCGAGCCCGAUUCCAUAAUACAACGAAGACCAACAAGACUAUUCCAAAUCCCUCAUCAGGACGGAGUGGUUCUAGUAGAUUCGGCGCAAGGAUAAAACAUAUCGAUGGAACGAGUGAUACCCCAAGAGCAGGUAGACGACGCUUUCAUCCCAAUUCUCCUUCAUCGCCUAUACACUCUGACAUGCUGUAUGAUGAUGGGACGAGCUCCAUCAUACAUACUUCAACGGGCAUUUGCCCACCUAUAGCUUACGGCUCAAGAAGGGUAGUAGCAUCUACUCCAGGCCUUCCAUUACCACAUUCCCGCACCGAAGGCCACAGUAGUGAUGGAAUACACUGCCCAAGGCCUUCAUCUCAAUCUUGCAAUGUACCUGAUACAUUCUGGAAUGGUUGGGAUCACUGCUACAAUAGCUCAAAGAUUGCGUAUCCGGCACCAGUUCAGCUUUUUGAGAGUGAUACUACUACUUCAAAGUUUGCGGACAGUAGGCCAUCUAAGCAGGGCCUGGGGUCAAUACCCAGGCCGAGGGCUCCUUUACGGGAUCUUUCUAGUAAUGGGUUGAAGAUAAGGGACACUCUUGGGAAAGAAGCUCAGACACGCCGUGCUAGCCUUGCUAGCUCACAGAAGGAAAAUCUCCGCCCACGAAAACGGUCCAGAGACACCCGGCAAAAUAGUCCUAUAGGCGGAGGAGAAGAUUUUACUAGAGAGGUUUCUGAAAUCUUUACAAAUUUUGCUGAUACUCUUACUGGAAAUCGUAAGGUCCCCAGCAGCCCGGCUUCCGAUAGCAACACAGGUCACCUUGGAAAGCAAGCAACACGAUUCCAUCGAAAUAAAUCGAAUGGCAACCAUGACUUUUUGUCCUCAACCGACGUCUCUUCAAAUUUAGAUUCGAAGCAUUAUGACGAAACUGGAACUGUGGUGCGCAAUCCUGAAACGAGCCUCUUGCCAUUUGGUGCGCCUGAUACCACUGCAGAUACCUAUGCUGGUGAUAAACUGCGACGCUCCUUACCACGAACUGCUCGGUUCUCUCGAUCUCGCUACUCUACCGCUUCAAUCACUGACUUUCAUCCCGCAGGCGUGGACUUAACAUUGACUGUUUCUACAGAUAUUUCGUCUACUCCGUUUGGCCAAGGAGCCACCGUAGAUAACACUCAUCAUAGGGAACCUGAUAAGCCGCUCGACAUGUUAUCUGACCUUCAGUCACGUCUACAACGUUUAGAGAUCGAAAGGGAAAGUCUGAACCAGAGUAUCCGACAACUAAACCGUGAGAAUCUUGCACUGUCUGCUAGAGUUCAAGUUUUGGAAGCAGCCAAAUCCACUGGGGGAGUAGGACGAGAGGAAUUAAACAACGAAGAUCUCAGCAUGCAUAUCCUCUUGCAACCCGUUGGAAAGGGCAAAAGGUCUCCAGAAACGCAAGCACAAAUGCCAACCAGUGGUGUUACAGGUCUAUGUGGCCAGGAAGCCACAGAUGAGAAGACCUGUCGUUUCCAGGACGAAACUGACGUCCUGGAAGCUACAGACCUGUCUACAAGGACGGCAAACGCAGGGGAGUCGGUCGAUCCUAUCUGUGGUUCGUUAGGUGAAGCACACGUGGACUACACCAUAUUAACCCUAGUCGAUGAUCAUGAAGUAGAAGAGCUGAGAAGAAGCUUGGAAGCAUCACGGAUAGACCGGACAGCCGGCAAAAUCCAUCACAUAUCCAGCGCUAAGCACGACAUCUCCAUGCCUCCCCUAUCUCAAGUUCUUGCGAAUAUCGGUGUUGGAGUAGAAAAGGAAGAAUAUCAUUCUUCUGCUAGCGAGGAAGACAUGUGCACAUUACCUCCGAUUAAAAAAUGGGUGCGGCGUGGAUUACAGAAAGAUGUCUAA